AUGGCCGUCGUGCUUGGGAUGCACGUGCAUUCCCCCGUCCUACUAUCAGCCGCCUUGUUGUACUACGGUGUCUUCGGGACCCUUGGCGAUGUUGUCAUACUCGCGGCUUGCUACUUCUGGAAGAGAGGCUCCCAUGGACUCCACCUGUUGAGCAGUAACGUCCAGACGCUGAUAUCUGUACUUGGGAUCACUGCAGUUGCCUUUGCUAUUGUCAGUUAUUCUGGGCGCGGGAAGAAGAGCGACAAUGCGUCGGCGUGGAAAGGCCCAGGUCGGCCUUUGCUUUUCCCAUGCCACACGGCGCAUACCAGACUGUUCCCAAAGAAACACUCAUUCUCUUAUUCCUAUCUACUCGUCGGGAUCCCGGUUGGUUGGAGUGGUGUCGCGGGCGACAUGAUAUCUGCCGGCGGUAACGGACAGGGCGGGAAAGGCUGGUACAGAGUCGAUGCUGCCGAUUAUCUCGAGCGAGGCAACGGCCACCUUGGUCUGAGGGGCAAGCUGGAUGCGUACCUCAAGUCCCAAGGCGCUGAUGUUCCCAAAUAUCCGCACGCCUAUUUGGUCACCGCAGCCAAGUUCUUGGGCUAUCAUUUCAAUCCAGCCUCAUUUUGGUAUCUGUAUUCCGCUGAUAAGCAUUUGACGGCAGUAAUCGUCGAGGUGAACAAUACGUUCGAUGAGAGGCGAUUAUACUUUUUGACGCCCAAUGAUCAAGCCGAUGGACAGAUUGAAGGUAUCAAUGAUGAGAACGCAGCUGCAGAUGCCAUUCCGUCGUCAAAUGCCAAUGCAUCGAAGCCACUGAGACAAUCAUGGGCCAAGGAUUUCCAUGUAUCUCCUUUCAACUCAAGAAAGGGGGGAUAUUCUCUUAUUGCUCACGACCCGCUGGCCUCCGACAUGACUGGAAGAGGUCCGAUCAACACUACGAUCAACCUGAAGUCGUCCAAGGAUCAUGUGAAAUUGGUUGCUCGCGUCUUUUCAAAGGGCGAAGCUCUCGAUCCCACAGGGAUGUCAGUCCUCGAGAAAGUCCAGUUCCUGACUUCUUGGUGGUGGGUGGGUUUCGUCACUUUUCCACGAAUUGCCAAAGAAGCAGCAUCUCUAUUCUUCCAACGCAAACUCCACGUUUGGUAUCGACCAGAGCCACUCAAGGAGAGCAUGGGCAGGCGUGCUGAUGCGACCGAGCGCCAACUCGAGCCAAUCUUCAGGAGGUAUCUUAGACACCUGGUCGAGCAGUCGUCUGCGCCGUUGGCUCUGCGAUAUAUCCCUAGUGGUGUAGCAGACGCGAGGCCUGAGGAUAUGCUGUCAGCCGCGGCUGAGAAAGGCCUCGAUUUUGCGGAACAUUUGGAAUUCAAAGUCCUGACUCCCGCCUUCUACUCGAGAUUUGUCUGUUAUGCCCAUGACCUCGAGGCGCUCUUCUGCGAGAUGAAUGAGAACUGCACCGUGUGGGUGUCGAACCCGAAAUCACUUCCAAAGCUUGUCUUCAAGAAGCCACCACCACCCCUUCAGAUUGCAAACUACUUGGACUACGGUUACUUCUCAGCUAUCAAGAAUCUGCGACAGAGACCGGAAAGAAUCGAACGACCCGUCACCUCGAGCCAGCCGACGACUACAUCCGCUCAGAAGGACAUUCGAGGCUUCCGGCUUUCGUCCAUGGACGGUUAUGUCUUGUCAAAUGAGGACGAUGAGACGCGGCAACUGUACAGACAUUUGAUUUUGAGACUAUUCGUCGCUGACAGGAUCGCAUUUGGAAGUGUGGACGUCCUCUGGGUGGAGGGACUCCUCCUUAGGAUAUUGUUGGCCUGGGUCGCUCUACCCUGA